AUGUCACAUUUAAUAGUAAUAGUAGUAGCUGUUUUAAUGCUUUUAUUGUUUUAUAUUUCUCCUAUUCAUUGUGAAAAUUAUCCUCAAGGUGCACGUGUUUGGGAAACUUCAGAAGGAGGGAAUGGCCACGGAUACAUUGGAUUACUUUCCACUCUCACAAUCAAAAACGCGGAAAACGAAUGUUUGGCCUACGGAAGCAGUAGAAACAGUACUUUUAGAUCAUAUCUUGUGGCAUUGGAUUCAAAACAAGAAUGUGAUUUUAUUAGAACCUAUUAUUGGAAUCCACCUGUAUGGGUAUCUGGUAAAGACAUAAGAGGCAAUGGGAAUUACACCUAUUCAAGUGGACCAGCAACAAAUCAACCAUUAUUUAAUAUGUAUUCUGGUCAAUGUUGGGGAUAUUGUCCAUUCGAAGCAGGUGAACCAUCUUUGACUCCUGCUGAGGAUAAUAUUUACAUCCGAGGACCGACCUCGAAUUUCAAUACUGCAGAUGUUCUUGAUGUCGCAUCCUCUAUAUGUGAAUUACAACCGAUUUCAGAAGUAUACAUUCCAUCAAUCGGUACAAAUGGAGGAUCAAUAACAAUCAACAAUCUAUCACAAUUCAACAUACAAACAAUCAACAUUACAUUUUCCAAUCCAACCAAACAACUUGAAAAAUCAUGUCAAAUAACAUCAAAACAAGGAACAUCGGUCACUUGUACAGUUCCACCUCUAUCUGGACUACGUAAUGUCACUGUUCAAGAUGAUAGUGGAGUCAGCUCAACACACUAUGCAUGGCAACCAUAUCCACCAUUUAUCAAAGCUGUCUAUCCAUCAUUCACUGCCAAUGGAUUGGUUACACUGAUUGGUGAUAACUUUGGUGAUAACACCAACAAUACGGUAGCUGUCAGUGUCUCAACAUCUAAUAUACCAUGUCAUAUCACUUUUGUAUCAUCAAAUCAGAUUUUUUGUAAACUCGAAUCAUCUCGUGUUGGACACAACAAACUACUUCCGAUUUCAAUUUCAGUUGAUGAUGUUUAUACUCAAACCUUUAAACCUUAUAUUCUAUGUGACAAACAAUUCGAAUAUAUUCAACCAUUCUAUUUGGUGGAGAAUGAAAAGGUUAAUCGAUUAAUGAUUGACAAAGUAACAAUGGGAGCAACUCCAAAUGCUCCAUAUAUUGGUGCAAUAGAAUCUGAAGAAAUAUAUCAAUGUUUUAAUCAAUCAUUGAAUAUCAAAGACUUCCCGACUUUAGAUUUUGGCAAGGUGUAUCAUGCAACAAAAUAA